UAUUAGCUAGCUAGCAAGCUAAUGGGCUUUCUUCACAAUUGAUAGAAACCGCCGAUCACUGGUGGUUGUUUGCUGACCGGGUUUUAUUGCUUGCUGUCAGAUUAAAGUUGACCCUUUCAAAUCUAGGAGAUUAUCCGCUUUACACCCGGAUCCGAUGUGUAAAGCCGCUAGCAAAUAAACACAAUCAUUGGAGAAAGCGAGAGAGAGCGAACUCAAAUAGUAAUAUGGAUAAUAUGGCCUGUGUACGUCUGCUGGCGUUGACCCUGGUCACCUCUGCAGUGCUCCUGUUAGCCUCCCAUUCAACCAUUGCUCACAGCCACUCCCAUGACGAUCAUGGAUAUGGCCACUCCCAUGGAGAAGAUGAUCAUCACGUGCACUCUCACGGUCCUCAGGUGAAGAUGUACCACGGAGCGAGCAAGUGGAGCAUCGAAGCCAAUCUCCCUGCACAUGAAGAGGAGCUCCAUGGACAUGUACCCUCUCACGAUCACGGACAUGCACAUUCUCACAAUCAUGGACAUGCACACGAUCACGGACACGCUCAUCAUCACGGACAUGCACACUCUCACGAUCACGGACAUAGGCAUGCUCAUCUUGAAGAUGUUGUUCGAGUGCAUAAGGAGGAGAGUGGACAUGGGCACGCACGUGGAGGGGAGAGGGUGAAGAGAGAGGCAGCGAAGAUGAAGACGGACCUGGUGGAGCUCUGGGCACAGGCUGUUGGAGCCACCCUGCUGAUCAGCGCGGCUCCUUUCCUCAUUCUGUUUCUUAUCCCAGUUCAGUCAAACAGCGACCAGCACCAGAACCUGCUCAAGGUGCUCCUCAGCUUUGCCUCUGGUGGACUCCUCGGUGAUGCCUUCCUCCACCUCAUACCACAUGCUCUGGAGCCCCACUCUCAGGUAGAUGAAGAUCACGGGCACUCGCACGCAACUGAAGAGUCACAUGACCAUGGUCACUCCCACGGAGCUGCCCAUGGCCACAUGAUGUCAGUGGGCCUGUGGGUCCUCGGGGGGAUCAUUGCCUUCCUGGUUGUAGAGAAAUUUGUCCGACUGCUGAAAGGAGGGCAUGGCCAUGGCCAUUCCCACAGCCACUCACAUGCUGCUCCCAAGGAAAAGGAGAGUGAUGAAGAGGAAGAAAAGGAAAAGAAGAAGAAGAAAGAGGAGAAAGGAGUCAAACAUGAGAAGGUGCCAAAGAAAGAGGAGAAAAAGAGCACAGACAUCAAAGUGUCAGGGUACCUGAACCUGGCAGCUGACUUCACCCAUAACUUCACUGACGGGCUGGCAAUUGGAGCCUCGUUCCUGGUUGGUCCAGCAGUGGGCACUGUCACCACCAUCACCAUCCUGCUGCACGAGGUCCCACACGAGAUUGGAGACUUUGCCAUCCUUGUACAGUCAGGCUGCACCAAAAGAAAGGCCAUGUGUCUCCAGCUGCUGACGGCCUUGGGAGCUCUCGCUGGCACAGUUUGCUCCCUAUUGGCUGAAGGAGUCGGAGCCGCGGCAACCGCCUGGAUCCUGCCGUUCACAGCCGGCGGGUUCAUUUACAUUGCCACAGUGACGGUGCUCCCAGAGCUGCUGGCAGGCCGCUCCAGUUUCGGCCAGUCUCUAAUGGAGAUCCUGGCCCUGCUGUUCGGAGUCGGCAUGAUGGUGCUGAUCGCCGAGUACGAGUGAGACAUGGCAACGCAGACAGAGGGGUUCUUAUAGGCAGGAAGGGAGCAAACAGACACAGAGGGAAGAGGUCAAACGGUUAGAAUAAAAGGGUUUUUGGUUGAGUUCAAGUGGAUGAUUUUUGUCAGGGGUGUCAGCAGUUCACAGUCACAUCCCUGAGUGUGUUACUAUUUCUUUUUGACAGGAAAAGUGUCAGCGUCUUAAAAGCUGUUCAACAGUAGAGACUGAGAGCUGAUGGAAAAGUCUGUUGUGUUCACUGAGGGCCUUUCUCAGGACAGGAGGUGAAGUCUUUGGUCUGCUGGUCUUAAAACUCACUCGUCACUUUUGCUACGCGGAUCAUCCAACUGCAAUUCGGCUGUAGCCUAAACUGACAGCCAGUUCCCUCCAAAAAUGGCUUGAAGUAAAAAUUUUUUUUUUGCCAAAACACCAAAUUUUCUAUCACUUGACAAGUGGUCCAUUAAAUCUGCAUUUCAGAAUUGGGUCAGUGAAAGAGAACACAACAGUUUGGCUGGUGUCACUGAACUGACCCGCUCAGUUAAACGUGAUAAAUGUCUGUUUUGUUGGAGAUACUGUUAAUAUUUCUACAUUUCACAAACGCAUGUAAAUGUUGUGGCUUCUACUGAUGUCCUCAAAAUGGUGUCACGCUCCUUAGAUCAUUAAAAUCUCACCUGAUUUUUGAUGAUGCCAGAAAACCUUUAACUUUAAAUAUUCCUAUUUUUAUUUAACUGACAGUUGAUAAGGAACGGUGAAAACAGUUGUGAUGAACAUCCUCAAUAAACAUUCAUAACAUUCAAAGUGAUGUUUACCUCAGCAUGUUCUGUAUUUAAAGAUGCAUACUUGAAAAUGAAACAUGGUUGUGCAGUGGUAGUAAAUGCAUAAAUGGUUGAAUGGCCUGUUUUAAUUUAGCAUAGAAUAAAUCAAAGUUGAUUCCAAUAAUGUAAAAUGUAGCUGCUAUUAAUAUACUUGGCCACAAGAGGGGGCCAAAGGUUUGUUCAUUGGUGUUUGACUUUUAUAAAAGACACAACGGGUCUUGUGGAAAAGAUAUAGUGGAUGUUUCACAGGUAGGAGAACCCUUUGGAAUCACAUGGUUAUAAAAUGUGAUCUGAUCUUCAUCUGAGUCACAAGUAUCAAUAAACAAUGCGCUUAUGCCAACACACAAGCAGUCAUACUCUUCUGUGCCU